AUGCCAACCUUCGACGGUAAGAUGACCUGGGAGGAUUUUCGGACACUGUUCGAGACUGCUGCCGCCGUCCACCGUUGGCCGUCAUCAACAAAAGCGUCCAUGCUCUGCCUUUCGCUGCGUGGAGACGCGCUAAAGGUCCUGCAGACCGUGCCACCUGCGGAGCGCCAAAACUACGGAGAACUGGUUAGACGACUGGAGAUGCGGUUCGGACAUAAGCACAUGGAACUGGUCUACAGGUCUCAACUCAGGAGUCGCCACCAGAAGUCCAAUGAAUCACUGCAGGAAUUUGAAGCUGAUAUCGCACGACUUGUAAGAGGUGCUUACUCUACUUGUGAUGAGGCUGUCUGCGAGAACUUAUCCAUCGACAAAUUCCUCGACGGCCUUCGAGACGCUGAAACACAGCAGGCUGUAAGGUUGGCUCGUCCUAAGACAUUACACGAGGCGCUAACACAAGCACUAGAAUUUGAAGCAGUAAAACAGUCUGUGCAAGGACAUGCACGUCUUCGAGGGGUCUGCGUGGAAGAAGGUUUUAAGAUAGAAGACGUAGUCCAGAGAGUGCUGGAUGCGCUGAAGAACAGGAAGAAGGAAAUCCGCUGCUGGAGUUGUGGAGAGUUGGGCCAUCCCCGAAGCAAGUGCCCAGAUAGAGCCUCUCGGGGGCAGAUGCAGGAAAAACUAAAAAGGGUUGACAGGAAGGGGACAGACUAA